AUAAAAGAUAAUUUGGCAAAUUACAAAGUAGAUAAAUAAUAGGAUAUUCAGGAUCCGGUUUUCUCGAUAUUCCUUUCAAUUUCUGAGUUCGUAGUCUUCGCGGUCACCUACUACACGUUUACUUCAACGCCUGAGAGAAUUCGAAUGGGUAACUGCUGCUCCGAUGUCGCCGGAGGCCGUGCGGCCGUCGGCGGCACCGCCGGCAGCCACUUCAAUCCAGCCAACGCUCCAAACGACGCCGUCGAUAACUUCCUCAGGUCUCGUGGCUACCACGGUGUCUUCUCUCAGAUCGAGUUGUCGUUUUCUGCUUCUGGCUUGCGUGAUCGUGAUGUACUCUCCAAGAGUGAUCCAAUGGUGGUUCUUUACUCAAGAGGAAAAAACAGAGCGCUUGAGGAACUUGGCCGGACAGAAGUAAUUUUGAAUUCGUUAAAUCCUAAAUGGAUUACUAAACACACUCUCAUUUAUCAUUUUGAGGUUGUUCAGGUUUUAGUGUUUCGUGUAUAUGAUGUUGAUACUCAGUUCCACAAUGUAGAUGUAAAGAUGCUUAGGCUAGAAGAGCAGCAAUAUCUAGGUGAGGCAACCUGUGCAUUAUCUGAGAUAAUUACAAAGUCUGAUCGAUCAUUGACAUUAGAUUUACACAGAGAAGAUUCUAUCAGAUCUACCCAAUCCCAAAACUGUGGAAAGCUCUUGGUGCGUGCAGAGGAAUGUGUUACCUCAAAGACUACAAUAGAGAUGAUACUUAAGUGUUCUGAUUUGGAAUACAGGGAUCUCUUCUCAAGAAGUGAUCCCUUUUUGUUGGUAUCAAAAGUCGUGGAAGGUGGUGCCCAAAUUCCAAUUUGCAAAACAGAAGUUAUUAAAAAUGAUCACAACCCAGCAUGGAAGCCAGUGUUCUUGAAUAUUCAACAAGUAGGAAGCAAGGAAAGUCCUUUGAUAAUAGAGUGCUAUAACUUUAAUAGCAAUGGCAAACAUGAUUUGAUGGGAAAAGUGCAGAAAUCUUUGGUGGACUUGGAGAAACUUUAUUCUAGUGGCCAAGGAGAAAAUUUACUUUUGCCCACUGCUGUGGGUCAUAAUUCUCACAACAAGAUGUUAAAGAGCCAGAUAUAUGUGGAAAAAUUUGUUGAAAGUAUCCAAUAUACUUUCCUGGAUUACUUGACCGGGGGAUUUGAAUUGAACUUCAUGGUGGCCAUUGAUUUUACAGCUUCAAAUGGAAAUCCACGCCUUCCAGAUUCUUUGCAUUAUAUUGAUCCGUCAGGACGGCCAAAUGCAUACCAGAGGGCAAUUUUAGAGGUUGGGGAGGUGUUACAGUUUUAUGAUUCAGACAAGCGAUAUCCUACUUGGGGAUUUGGAGCACGGCCUAUUGAUGGUCCUGUCUCUCAUUGUUUCAACUUGAACGGAAGUAGUCAUUACUGUGAGGUGGAAGGCAUCCAAGGAAUUAUGAUGGCAUACACAAGUGCCCUGCUUAACGUUUCUCUUGCAGGACCUACUCUUUUUGGACAUGUCAUAAGCAAUGCUGCACUGAUGGCCAGCCAAUCGGUAGCAAAUGGGGGAAGAAAGUACUUUGUUUUGUUAAUCAUCACAGAUGGAGUGGUGACAGAUCUCCAAGAAACAAAAGAUGCUCUUGUUAAAGCAUCUGAUCUACCCCUAUCAAUCCUUAUUGUUGGGGUAGGAGGAGCUGAUUUCAAAGAAAUGGAGAUUUUGGACGCAGACAAGGGAGAGAGGCUUGAAAGUUCAUCUGGUCGCGUUGCUUCACGUGAUAUAGUCCAGUUUGUUCCAUUUCGGGAUGUUCAAAGUGGAGAAAUUUCAGUAGUUCAAGCACUUCUAGCUGAAUUACCUACACAAUUUUUAACUUACAUGCGGAGCAGAAAUAUCCAACCGACUCUCUAGUCGUGUAAAGUCUGUACAUUAAAAAUUGUUCUAUUCAUUGAUCAUUGUGUAAUUUCAACGCUUCGUUCAUUUUCAAUGGAAAAAUAUCGCUUAACGGCUGAGAACUCAGCGUUGUGGUAAAUGUUAAUCAAAGGGUCAAAAAGGGUUCGCCAAGAGAUUUGUCCGGAUCAAGCGGUGUGGUUGGAAUUUCCUCUUUUUUUUUUUUUUUUUUGGGGGGGGGGGGUUUCUACUGUCUACAAAAUAAAUAUAUUUUUUAAUUUUU